GGGGCCCGCACCACAGCCCAAAUGCCGUGCACAGUUUGGGGCGCAUCCGGUAGGCAGCGAGAUAAACCGGCUCAGCAUUGGCGCCUGUCCGUCAUGAAGGAUGAUGGGCGGCUCGCUCCAGGACCAGACCUCAAAAGCUCCCGCGACAACGGCUACUUUUGCCCCCAGCUUCACCUGAACUGAGAAUCGACUGCAAACAGCUCGCGUCGACCACACAGCGAGCCCCUCACUCACCCGCCCAGACAUGUGCUGAAGCACCACACGCCAACCUCCAACAAUGGACCCCCUCCCGAUGGGCGGCGUGCAGCUGCCGGCGUUCCAGCGGCGGCUGAGCCGGCUGUACAAUGACACCAAGAAGUCGUCCGACUUCGUCAAGGAGCCGGCGCGGCACGGCGAGGGCGACCCCGAGAUCCGGUCGCUGCACCGCAAGCUGCGCAUCCAGAAGGACCGCCUGGUCAGCUGGGGCCUGGAGUGGUCAGACCCGGCCCACGCCGCUGAGGUGCUGAUCGACUCGUCGCUGUCGCGCGCCGGCCUGAGCGAGGUGGUCGGCAGCAUCAUGUCCACCAUCAAGGACAUCCUGGCCGAGGCGGAGCCGCUGUGGAACAGCUCGCGCGGGCUGGCCGGCGAGCGCGUGCCCGAGGAGCCGCCGCGGCCGGGCGAGAAGAUCCGCAUGGUCGUGUGGGACAAGGCCCGCUUCGAGGACCUGCUGCGCGACCUGACCACGUCCAUCGACACGCUAUACGACCUCUCGCGGACGCGGUCGUCGUACGCUCUAUCGCCGCCGGCGGCGCGCGGCGCGGCGCGGCCGGCGCCCGCGGCCGAGGAGCUGCGCCCGUUCGAGUCGUCGCGCAUCCAGGCGCCGCGGCAGGUCGACCCGGCGGCGCUGACGACCCUGCGGUCGAUGCAGGCGGAGCCCAUGACGGAGGGGGCCGAGCCGGAGCGCGCACGCGAGAUCGUCUUCCUGAGCCGGCAGGCGCACGCCGAGCUGGCGCCGACGGCGGGCGCGCGGACGCCGCUGCUGCUCGAGUACGCCCCGUUCGACCCCAUCUUCUCGGCCACAGGCAUCGGCCCGCCCAUGGAGCGCUUCGAGCGGCUGUCGACGGGCCUGCAGUCGGAGCCGCAGCGGUCGCCGGGCUCGUGGACCGGCCUGCCACGGCUGCUAGCCUACUACGAGGACAUGGACCGGUCGCGCUUCGGACUCGUCUACCAGUUCCCGCGCACCUUCAACCCAGUCACGUUCGAGCACCUGACGCAGAACCCGCUGUACAACCUGUGCACGCUCGCCGACCUGCUGGCCCGCCCGGACUUCGAGCCCAAGCUGGAGGCCAAGUUCCGGCUGGCGGCGAACCUGGCCAACACCGUCUUCGACAUGCACGACCGCGGCAUCACGCACGGCAACCUUGUCGGCGAGAACAUCUCGUUCUGCAACGCUGUCGGCACCGAUCCCGAGAUCAGCGGCAUCACCCAGGGCGAGGUCGAUAUCCGCCGCCCGCUGCUCUCGUCCUUCGACCUGUUCUCGGACCCGCGGUCUCCCGACACGCCUCGCACCUACUCGCUGUACCGGCACCCGCUGGACCCGCGCAACAGCGCGCAGUCGCCGCUCGCCCACAACGCCGACUCCAAGACCUUCGACCUCUACUCGCUCGCCAUGAUCCUGCUGUCGGUCGGCCUCUGGACCAAGCUCGAGAACCUGGUGGCCGACCCGGAGUCGUCGACGCUUCCCGAGUCCGUGCUGGAGCAGCUGGCCAUCCGCUGCGGCACGCUCUACAUGAAGGCCGUGCAGACGUGCUGGAGCGCCGUCGACCAGGAGCUGACCGGCUCCCGCACGACCGAGGAGAUCGUGUCGCGCGUGCAGUUCCGCACCAGCCGCUACCUCGAAGCCUGCUGCAUCCUCGACGGCGUGAGUAAUUUGGAAGACCGGCUGGGCGACGACCUCGGCGAGCCGCGGCCUGAGCCCGCGCAGCCGCGCGCGGCGGAACGCGCGGGGAGCCCGUCAGCUGGACCGUUGGUAAGACCGUCAGCAGAACCGUCAACAGGACCGUCAGCAGGACCGUCGGCUGGCCCGCCGGCUGACCCGUCAGGGGAGACGGCUGGGGCCCCCGCAGAGGAGACGCAGGUCCUGCGCCAAGGUGAGUCGGUCCGGCCCAGCCAGCGCAGUCCCGUGCUAACAGACACAGCUGCGCCGCAGCCCGCGCGGCGGUCCCGGAUGCGCCUGUACCCGCACGUCCCUCUGCCGCCCGAGAUGGUCGAGCGGUGGAACACGGUGUUCAUGCCGCAGAUCAACAGCGCGCUGCGGCAGUUCUACCGCCGGCACCCCGAGUCGGUCGAGAUCUCGCUCGAGUCGAUCGGCGAGUCGCCGCAGCGGACACGGCCGACCGUCCUGGUGGUGUGCACGUCCGUGGCCAAGGUCCGCGCGAUCCUGAAGAAGCAGCUGGGCGGCCUGUUCGACGGCCCGGCGGGCCUCGCGCUCAAGGUCUGCCGGGGCCGCGUGCUGCGCUCGCGCGGGGACGGCGGCGGCCGCCCCGGCCACGACGAGGCGGUGGCCGCGAACCCAGACUACCAGGCGCGGCCGGCCAACGGCGCCAGCAUCGGCGCGUGGAUCGGCGACCGCCACCUGCCGCCGGUGAGCCUCGGCGGGCUCGUCGUGGUCGACGACCGGCCGUACGGCAUGACGGUGCACCACAUGCUCGACGACCCGGACCAGGCGCAGGCGCCGGCGCCGGCGGCGAAGGGCGGUGGCGCGCCGCAGCGCAGCAUGGCGCGCGGCGGCGUGCCGGACCUCGCCGCGUGGUACGCCGAGCAGUACCAGCAGAGCGAGUCGGGCGAGAGCAGCAGCGGCGCCGAGGACUACGCCUGCGUGUUCUCCGACUCGGACUCGGACACGCUGUCUGAGUCGGCCGUCACAAGCGACUACUCGGACGAGGGGGAGGACGAUGAUGAGGAGGAGCAGCAGUACGCCGAGGAGGGCGACAUCCCCGGCAUCGAGCCCGGCUGCGGCGACGGCUACAUCGUCACGCAGCCCGCGCUCGACGACGUCCCGGACGGCUUCUACCCGUCCGCCGAGACGCAGGACGAGGACCACCUGGACACGUGCGCCGUCGGCGAGGUGUACGCGUCGAGCGGGAUCCGGCGGCGCACCGCGAACGGCCUGCUGCACGAGAUCGACUGGGCCCUGUUCGAGUUCAGCGCGGACCGCGCCCCCGCCGGUAACUUCAUCCCGCGGCCGUCCUCCAAGGCCCGCCGGCCGUCGUCCCGUGCGGCGGGCGAGCCUCCUGCAGAUGAGCCAGGCGUGCGGCCGACCUCGGUCGCGCCGUCCGCCCGCCUGCCCGGGCUCGAGGUGCAGUGCAUGGCGCGCACGAGCGGGCUGCAGACGGGGCUGAUCCUGCCGGCCGUGGCGUCGGUCAAGAUCUACGGGCGCGCGUCGCCGAGCCAGUUCUUCCAGGUGGCCGGGACGCCGCCGCCUGCGCCUCCCGCCGGCACCGCUGCCGCUGCCUCCGCCGUCCUGCCGAUGGGCAUCCCCGGGGACAGCGGCGCCUGGGUGGUCGAGCGCGCGCAGGGCGCCGUGUGCGGGCACAUCCUGGCGUGGAGCGAGCGCAAGCGGGUGGCCUACAUCUGCCCGAUGGACGUGCUGCUGCUGGACAUCGCCGAGACGCUCGGCGCGCGCGAGGUGCGCCUGCCGGGCGGCGACGCCGUCUUCUCCUUUUCCUCCUCCUCCUCCUCCUCCUCCUCCUCUGCGCUGCCGCCGGCGGUGCGCGACGAUCGGCCGGCCCGCGCGCUGACGCAGCUGGCGAGCAGCAGGCUCUCGGCCGUGUCGGAGCUGGGCGGCGGGGGUGACGAGGAGGGCGACGACGAGGGCGACGAUGCGCCGGCGCUGGUUGGGCUGCGGCGGUGCCAGUCCAGCCGCCGGUCGCAGCUGAGCCACCGCAGCUCGUACCGGGGGCGCCGCAGCGUGGCCGUGCCGGAGGACGAUGAUCUGUACGAUGAGGCGGUGGAGGUCGAGCUGGCAGGGGGGCUGAAAGAGCUGCAGGUAAGGGGACAGGAGAUACCGGUGGGCACGCGGAGGUGGGGGUUUGUUUGAGCGUGGAUGCAUUGGAUUCAUGGAUACUACUGCUAGAUAGGCUGGGCUCCUCUGGGAGGUUGAUGGACCGCUGCGAGGUGUCUUGGACAUUUCAUUGGGCACCCGUGUAAAUAGACAUUGAUUCAAUACCGUACAUAGCAUAGCCAACGUUAAACGAA